UGGAGAAGGCUUCAGUUAAGAAGAAGGGAAAGCUUACAGACAGAGAGUUGAUUGAUUUGGUGUUUUCAUGGAAACUAGAAGAUGUCAUGAACGAAGAGCUUUACAAGGAUCAAGUGGAAAAUAUUCCAGAAUCUUUUCUGUCAGUUGAGCAUUAUCUUGGGUCUUUUGUGUCCCCUUUAUUAGAGGAAACACGUGCUGCAUUAUGUGCAAGCAUGGAGGUAAUUUCAGAGGCGCCACGAGCAGAAGUAACCUCCCUUGCAGAGUCUAAGCCUUAUGGGUCACUCUUAUAUGAGAUCAAUGUUGACUCUUGGAAGAACAAGUUGAGAUCAGGUGGCAAGGAAGCAUACGCAACUAAGCCUGGGGAUAUUUUUGUCUUUUCAGAUAUAAUACCUGAAACUGUUUCUGAUUUACAAUGUUAUGGAAGGUCAUGGACUUUUGCUCUAGUCACUAAAGCUCCUGACAAUGAACAAUCAGAAGACGACUCAGCUAUUUAUUUAAAAGUUAAGGCUUCUAAGGCUAUUGAAGUCAAAGAGGGGAUGCAGAAUUCACUUUAUGCACUUUUUCUGAUAAAUUUAACAAGAAGCAGUAGAAUUUGGGCUGCUUUGAAAGGGAUAAGAAACUUGAAGGUUAUCGAGAAUAUUCUUGGUGACAAUCUUAAGGCAGAGCAUUUCUGCAAUAUCUGUUCUCUUUGGAAUGAAAGAUUUGAGAAGGGCAUAUUACCAGAGUUGAAUGAGUCCCAAACCAACGCAGUACUACAAUCUAUUUUGGCAAUGCAGUGCAAUCACAAGUGUUUUGUUAAGCUUAUCUGGGGUCCUCCAGGAACAGGAAAAACAAAAACAGUCAGUUCAUUGCUUUGGAGUGCCUUAAGAAUGAAGUGCAGAACUGUGACAUGUGCUCCAACAAACAUUGCAGUUAUGGAGGUGGCCUCACGUGUCCUUAUGCUGGUUAGAAGUUUCAGGCAAACUGAAUAUGGAGUGAAUAUCACAUGUUGUCCCUUGGGGGAUGUGCUGUUGUUUGGAAAUAAGGAACGCUUGGAAGUGGGUUAUGAUCUUGAGGAAAUAUUUCUGGAUUAUCGGGUGGAAAGGCUUGUGGAAUGCUUUGGACUAACUGGGUGGAAGCAUCGCUUUACAUCCAUGAUAGAUUUUCUUACAAAUUGUGUUCUACAGUACAAUAUUUACUUGGAAAAUGAACUAAGACAGGUCCAUAAAGAUUCGAAGGAGAACAAAACCAACAAAGAUGUGCUGUCAUUUCUUGAUUUCACUAGGGAACGAUUCAAGGCAGUUGCACAACCACUACGAGGAUGUGUCAUGUCAUUAUCCACUCAUCUGCCCAAACAUAUCAUCUUGCCACAGAUUUUCCAAUGCAUGACUUCUUUGCUUUAUUUGCUGGAGUCCUUUGAAAGUCUGUUGUUUCAAGCUGAUGUGGUUGAGAAAGAGCUUCAAGAACUCUUUUUAGAUUCAGAAGAUGUUGGGAUGGCAACACCUCCUUUGGUUAAACUUGAGCAUCAAUGGAUUAAUUGUUCCAAAUCAGACAUUUUGUUGAAGAUCAAAAACCAGUGCCUCUGUACUCUAAGAUCUCUACAUGAUUCUCUCAUGAAUCUUGAUCUGCCCCAAUCUACGAGCAAAGAUUCAAUAAGAAAGCUAUGUUUUCAAUCUGCUUCUUUAAUUUUCUGCACAGCAUCAAGUUCACAUAAGUUGCAUUCUUUAGAAAUGGAGCCUCUGAAUUUACUAGUUAUUGAUGAAGCUGCUCAGUUAAAGGAAUGUGAAUCAACAAUACCAUUACAACUCCCAGGCAUACGGCAUGCUAUUCUCAUUGGUGAUGAGUGUCAGCUUCCUGCAAUGGUUGAAAGCAAGUUAUCUAGUGAAGCUGGUUUUGGAAGGAGUCUGUUUGAGAGAUUGAGUUUACUCGAGCAUCCAAAGCACCUUCUUGAUAUGCAGUAUAGGAUGCAUCCUGAAGUCAGUAUUUUUCCAAAUGCAAAGUUCUACUGCAACCAGAUUUUGAAUGCACCAAGUGUUCAAGACAAAAGUUAUGAGAAACACUAUCUUCCUGGAUCUAUGUAUGGCCCUUACUCAUUCAUAAAUAUCCGUGAUGGAAGAGAGAUAUUGGAUGAUGUUGGACAUAGUCGAAAAAAUCUGGUGGAGGUAGCUGUUGUUGUAAAAGUAUUGCGGAAUCUUUUUAAAGCAUGGGAUGCCUCAAGACAGAAGCUUAGCAUUGGUGUUAUUUCUCCAUACAAUGCUCAAGUUGCUGCAAUUCAAGAGAAACUUGGAGGGAUAUUUGGGAAACACAGUAACUUCGAGGUGAAAGUGAAUUCUAUUGAUGGUUUCCAGGGAAGUGAGGAAGAUAUCAUAGUAAUCUCUACUGUUAGAUCCAAUAGUUGGGGGUCAAUUGGGUUCUUGUCUAAUCUACAGCGAGCGAAUGUCGCUUUGACGAGGGCCAAGCAUUGCCUUUGGAUUUUAGGAAAUGAAAAAACUCUGAUCAACAGUGGAUCUAUCUGGUCUGAAUUAGUCAACGAUGCCCAAAGGCGUCAGUGUUUUUUCAAUGCUGAUGAUGACAAAGAUCUGGCUAAAGCAAUAUUGCAGGUUAAGCAAGAGCUUGACCAGUUAGAUGAUUUACUUAAUGCGGACUCGACACUUUUCAAAAAUGCGAGGUGGAAGGUUCUCUUCAGUGAAAACUUCAGGAAAUCAUUUGGGAAACUGAUAUCGACGCAAAAAAAGAAAUCAGUUAUUAAUUUAUUGUUGAAGCUCUCAUGUGGAUGGCGCCCCAAAAAAUCAAAGAUAGACCCCAUUUGUGAAAGUUCUGUACAGCUUGUUAAACAGUUUAAGGUUGAAAAUUUGUAUAUUAUUUGUUCUGUUGAUAUUAUGAAAUAUGAAAGCUACUUGCAAGUUUUGAAGGUUUGGGAUAUUUUACCUCUAGAGGAGAUUCCAAAACUGGUUAAACGUUUGGAUAACAUCUUUGCUCCAUUGACAGAUGAUUUUGUCAAUCGCUGUAAAGUGAAAUUCAUGAAUGGGGAUUUGGAAGUGCCCAUGACCUGGCCAAGCUCUGAUAACAUUGUUCGGAGUAGGAAUAUAUGCUGUACAAACCUUCAAAAGAUUUCAAAUGAUGACGACAUUGAUGGUAGAAGCUAUGUUGAAAAUUCAAGGGUGAGCGAGAGUUUGCUACUGAUGAAAUUCUACUCAUUAUCAUCUGGUGUUGUUGGGCAUCUUCUCUCUGGAGAUGAUGGUAGAGAACUUGAUCUUCCAUUUGAAGUAACAGAUCAGGAGCGGGAGAUUAUUCUUUUCCCUAGUACCACAUUCAUCCUUGGAAGGUCUGGAACAGGGAAAACAACUGUGUUGACCAUGAAGUUGAUUCAAAAGGAGCAACAGCAAUACCUUUCCUCUGAAGGACAAUCUGAAUUGAAGUUCGACACAAGUAAGGAUGUUCACAAGACAAAUGAGAUUGUGAAGGGUGUUGGAGAAGCCAGCGGGACUGUCUUGUGUCAGGUGUUUGUCACUGUUAGCCCCAAAUUAUGUUCUGCUGUCAAGAAGCAAAUUUCUCAGUUGAAAAGCUUUAUCUGUGGAGGAAGUUUUUCAGAAGCUAAGUCAAUCGAUAUGCAUGAUAUUGAUGACAUAAAUGUCUCCAGGGAUAUUCCUGAUUGUUUCCGUAAUGUCCCACCUACUUCCUGCCCUCUAGUCAUACCUUUUCAGAAAUUUCUUAUGAUGCUUGAUGCAAGCAUGGAAAACUCAUUUUUUGAUAGAUUUCGUGAUGCAAAUAAAUUUUCGCUGGGUACAACUGGAACUUUUAAUUCAGUUGCAUUACAGGCCUUCAUAAGAACAAAGGAGGUUAAUUAUGACAGGUUCAAUUCAUUAUACUGGCCACAUUUUAAUAGUCAGUUAACCAAGAUGUUGGAUUCUUCCAUAGUGUUUACUGAGAUAAUUUCCCACAUAAAAGGUGGAAUGUGUGCAGGCAGGGCAGAAGAUGGUAGACUCAGCCGGGAGGAUUAUGCUGCCCUGUCUGAAGGCCGGGUGUCCAUCUUAAAUAGAGAAAGGAGAGAGGUAAUUUAUGAUAUAUUUCUUGAUUAUGAAAAGAAGAAGCUUAUGAAUGGUGAGUUUGACUUGGCUGAUUUAGUCAUUGAUCUUCAUCACCGAUUGAGAGAUGGAAGCUAUGAAGGUGAGGAAAUGGACUUGGUCUAUAUUGAUGAGGUUCAAGAUCUAACCAUGAGGCAGAUUGCACUUUUCAAAUAUAUAUGCAAAAAUUCUUCUGAUGGCUUUGUUUUCGCUGGUGAUACUGCCCAAACUAUUGCCAGGGGGAUUGAUUUCAGAUUCCAAGAUAUAAGAUCACUGUUCUUCAAAGAGUUCCUUUUGGAAUCAGCAAGUGAUAGCAAUGAGAGAGGGAAAAGAAGUAGCCAGCCACGUGUCUCGGAGAUUUUCCAUUUAAACCAAAACUUCCGUACCCAUGCUGGUGUUCUCAAUCUUGCACAGAGUGUGAUUGACCUUUUAUAUCGUUUCUUUCCUCACUCUAUUGAUGUUUUAAGCCCUGAGACAAGUCUUAUAUAUGGAGAAGCUCCUGUGUUGCUUGAAUCUGGAAAUGAUGAAAAUUCAAUCCUAACUAUUUUUGGCAAUAGUGGACCAAAUGCUGGAAGUAUGAUUGGCUUCGGAGCUGAGCAGGUCAUAUUGGUACGUGAUGAUUCUGCAAAGAAGGAAGUCUCUGACUAUAUUGGAAAACAAGCUCUUGUUUUAACAAUACUUGAGUGCAAAGGACUUGAGUUUCAGGAUGUACUGCUAUACAACUUUUUUGGCACAUCUCCUUUGAAAAAUAAGUGGAGAGUUGUGUACGAGUAUAUGAAAGAACAGGAUAUCCUUGAUCCCUCUUCACCAAAAUUUCCAUGUUUCAAUGUCACAAAACACAAUGUUCUUUGCUCUGAAUUGAAGCAAUUAUAUGUGGCUAUCACUCGUACAAGGCAAAGAUUGUGGAUCUGUGAGAACAUUGAGGCGUUGUCCAGGCCUAUGUUUGAUUACUGGAAAAAGUUGUGCCUAGUUCAAGUUAGGCAACUUGAUGGUUCACUUGCACAAGCAAUGCAAGUUGCAAGCAGCAAAGAGGAGUGGCGUUUACGCGGCAUCAAGCUAUUUAAUGAGGACAAUUUUGAGAUGGCUACAAUGUGCUUUGAAAGAGCUGGAGACACAUACAGGGAGAAAUGGGCUAAAGCAGCUGGUCUUCGAGCUGCUGCUGACCGCAUGCAUGGCUCUAAUUCUGAAAUGCGGCGUACUGCUCUUUUAGAAGCUGCAGAGAUUUAUGAAACAAUUGGUAGAGCUGAGUCUGCUGCCAAGUGUUUUUGUGAGUUGGAGGAAUUUAAAAGAGCAGGUAUGAUUUAUAUGGAGAAAUGUGGGGAAUCAAGGCUUGAGAUUGCUGGCGACUGUUUUUCCUUGGCAAAAUGUUGGAGUCUUGCUGCUGAUGUAUAUGCUAGGGGCAACAAUUUCUCAAAGUGCUUAGUUGCUUGCACCAAUGGAAAACUCUUUGACAUGGGACUGCGCUUCAUUGAAUGUUGGAAUGAAAAUUCAACUCCUGCCAUUGAUAUGGUUGCAAAAAGUCAAGGAUUGGAUGAAAUCGAACAAGCUUUCCUCGAGAAUUGUGCAAGUUACUAUCAUGAGCUUAAAGAUACAAAAAGUAUGAUGAAGUCUGUGAGGGAAUUUAACUCUAUUGAUUCAAUUCGCACUUUCUUGAGGUCACGGCAUUACCUCACUGAGCUUAUGCUGUUGGAGGAAGAACUUGGGAAUUUUUUUGAAGCUGCCAGCAUUGCAAAGCUGAAAGGUGAUAUUCUUUUUGAGGCUGAUAUGCUAGGUAAGGCUGGAUAUUUUGAAGAUGCAUCGAGGCUGAUUCUCUUUUAUGUCAUUGGGAUGUCUCUUUGGGGAUCUGGAAGCAAAGGCUGGCCACCAAACCAUUUUCUUCAGAUGGAAAAUCUCUUAAUGAAAGCCAAGUUGAUUGCGAAAGAUAAAUCAGAAUUCUUCUAUGGGAUGGUCAGCGUGGAAGCAACCAUAUUAUUAAACCAGGAGGGCAGCUUGUUAGAAAUGGAAGAAUCCUUAAGUGCUUCCCAUGAAUGCAGAAGUUUAUUAGGUGAAUAUUUCUGUACUCGGAAGAUUCUUGAUCUUCAUUUUCGGCCAGAACCCUCUAAAUAUGAGUGGGAACAGGAAGUCCUCCUGGAUCAGAAGAAUCAUGUGUAUAACACCAUUUGCAGGAACCAGGUCUCUAUUGAAACACUAGUUUAUUUUUGGAACUUUUGGAAGGGCAUGGUUGUAAACAUAUUUCAUUACCUCCAGUCUAUUGGAUCACCCCUCCAUAAGAAUGAAUAUAUGGACCAUGGACAGCUUUGUUUCGAUUAUUUGGGUGUCCGAAAGCAGGAAAAUAAUCAUGAUAUACUCCACCUUUUGCUCAACUCUGAUGCAUAUUGGGUCAAGGAAAUUGAUGAAAGAACACUUUGGAGAAAUGCGAACUUGGUUGGUCUCAAUCUGAAGCAGUUUGUUUCUGCUGCUAGGAGCCACUGGUGUUCAGAAGUGUCCUUUAUCGGUAUUAAAGUAUUGGAAAGACUGGAAGCCCUUUAUAAUUUCGCUAGGCGCAAUUUUUUCCCAAUAUUUUGCCAAGAGAUUGUUGUCCUCCACAUGUAUGAAGUAUCACAAUUUUUAGUUGAGUCAGACUUUCUGGUACGGAAACACCGGUUACGUGAACUUCAGAAGUUCCUUGCGUCAUGUAGAGAGCGCUUCUUGAAUAUUCUAUUCCCCCAGGACUGGAGGCAAGCAAUGACAGAGAAUUUGAUUGCCUUGAGGGAGACCUCGCCUUUUAGGGAUUUACUUAAAGAUGUUAUAAUUGAUAACAUCAAUUUGAAGGGUAGGCCAACAUAUGGGCAAUUUGGGAGGGUGGUGAUGCUGAUCUUUGUAUCUGGAGAUCUAACAGAUGAACUGUAUCAGAUGAUCGCAAACCGAUUUUGUGUGCAGGCGCCUUGGAGAGCAUUCAUUGAGGAGUUGAAAGAAAACAAGGGGUCAGGAUUUGCACGGAUUUCUCUAGUCCACAGGCUUCAACAUGCUCUGGAAGAUGCUUUCAGAGUGACCUGGAACAUGGAAUCUGACUAUAUGUCACCUCACUGUUACAUAUAUCUUGUUGAGCGCCUUUUGUAUUGGGCAUCUUCUUGCCAAAGAUAUUUUUUCACAACGAAAUCUUCUAUUAUUGAGUCGCUCGCUUGCCAAGAGUGGAAUGCUAAGUCAAGCAUUCGUCGGUCUACUGAUGUGCAUGCAUCAUUGGAAAAUUCUUAUGAUUUUAUUGCUGGACAAAUCGCGCAACUUCUUUUUGACAAGCGCGUGACAUUUGAAUGGCUUAAGAAGUCCAACUUCACCGUCAAGGACUAUUAUCCAGUUUUUGUGUUAAGAUUGAUUGUAGUGAUUAGUUUAGUUUGUCUUAACCGUCGGAGGCAUUUUGGUUUACUUUAUAAACUGCUAAGUAGGAAUGACAUUAUCCGUGAGCUACCUCAUGCAUUCUAUGGGAUACUUCAGGGAAGACGGAAGCAUAAUUUUUCUUAUGUGCUAGCUGAAGCACUUAAAACUAUUGAGAAUCCCCUUGUACUGAUUUCAGGAGGUAAUUGUACAGAAAUUUUAUGUUCAGAUGCUAUACAUGUAGAUAUGGGGGCCAUCCAAUGCAGAGAGGAUUUAUUAAGAGUUUUAUACCCUAAGAGUUUGGAAGAUGUGGAAAGUCAAAUUUGUUCUGUUGAAGCAGAAAGGAUUAUUUCAUGUAAUCAAGAUCUUUCUUCAGAGAGAACUGAUCAAAAGAAUAUUGCUGAACCUCCAUCUCAGUCUAGGUUAGCUGUGAAUGUAGAUGAGGGGAACAAUGUUAAACUUUCUUCUGCCGCUGAGUUAGGUGGAAAGGUGGAUCCAAUCAUUGAGGGGGAAGAUGAAAAUGAAAAAAAUGAUCUGCAAAUGAUAUAUCAGCAUUUUUGGAAAACUUUUGAAGAUUAUGGGAAUGCUACAAGCUUGGCUUCUAAAAUCCCACAGAUCAAGGUGUCAGUGAAGGAAUCUAUUUGCAUUAUGGAGUUCGCUAUAACCCAACUGGGGCAGAAGAAUAACUAUCCAAAUGAAGAUUUAAAAUUGUUUGAAGAAGCAAAACACAUGCUUGCUGAUUUGACUAAGCUCUCCUUUGCUUUGGACAUGCGUGAUGAAGAGCUUAAGAAUAAUAUUUCAACAAUCGAAGAACUUUUUAGAAAGUUGAGUGAAAGGAGGUCAAGACUCGAGAAUUUGUUGGAUUCCCUGUUCUUGCAAAGUAACUCAGACACACUCGGUGAGGCAUCACAGGAUGGUGUUGCCUCAGGAACCCAAAAUCACAGCAGCAAGGGAGAAGAAAAGAAUGGCAAGGGUAAGAGAAAUACCAAGUCCAAGAAGGGGAAGAAAAGGGCUUCAACUGAAAGUAUUCCAUCAGAAGCUGAAAAGACUAGCAAAAAUGAAAAAGAAAACGAGAAGGGGAAAGGAAGUACCAAGUCAAAGAAGGGAAAGAAGGGCAAAAGAAAGAAGUAAUUUUAUGCAUUCUUGCUCUCAUUCCUGUUCCCUCUAAUAUGUUUUUUCCUUUUUUUUUUUUUUUUUUUUGUAUAUGUAGCUUUCAUCAAUGGCUUAUUUGUUUGUAAAUUUUUUUUUUUUUGGUAAAUUCUAAGCAAGUUGAACCCCAUCCUUCAGUUCUUUU